UUCCACCUUGUCAUAUUCUUCAGUUGUCUAAUCUGGCUGAGGUAUCGUUUCUAACAAAAAAUACCCCGAAACCACUUUUCCAUCGACGAUUUUCGAGUGGUACUAGCAAUGUCAGGUGAGUCACAACCGAUGACAUCUCUGCCAGUAGCCGGAGAGAAUGUGCCUUGUGAAGUUUGUGGUGACUCAUGCGAUUGUGAAAGCAGAGCACUGUUUGUGUUGCUGCGGCAUCUCAUGGCAAAGGGAAAGAACAUGCUGGAUAGAUGUGAAGCGUAUGCAAAUGUCGCGGGGAGUCAGAAGCUACGAACAAGAAUUCAAGCAGAACUAAAAUUUCUGAACAGACUUAAACAGGGUAUGGAAUCCGGCAGCAUUGUUGUUGAAGACACUCACCUCAAGAGCAGCAAUCUGUCACACUUGUCCGCCAUUUUGGACACCGUGGAAACAGCUUCGGGGACAACAGGCGAGGGUGGCUAUGGAGAGAAGACGAUCGUCGACCAGGCGCGCGACUACGUCACAGCCGCCGCCGACCACCCCGUCUUUUACCGACCGCCGUCGGUCGCCUUCCGUUUCUUCGGCGGCGUGACGCGGGAGAUGGCCGAUCACCUAAUGCGCAUGCGCGUCGACGUUCGCGGCGACGUGCUGCCGCGCGAGAACGAGGCUGCACCCGCAACCGUGGCACCACCGCGCGACGCGGCCUCAGACGAGGCGGGCACGACCCCGUGCGACUUGACGUCGGAGGUGCUGCCAUCGUGCGGACGGAUACGUGAUCGUCUGCUGCUGGUGUGUGAUGACGAGAGGCGAACUGGCGGGGAGGGACGGGCCGCGGUCGCGCCGGAGGAAGAGAGUGGUUAUUCGGCAUGUGAAGAGACGCGCGGGUUCAAUCCGCGUAGAGACGACUAUCAGAUUUGUGUGGGAGACGCGGUGCUUCGACCUCCGGCAACAGUCACGGAUGUGCGGCAGCCGACUGUUGUUGUAUCUCGUACGAUUCUUACCUCCGAGAGUCACACGCGUAGUAGUGCUUGUCUGGAUGAUGUCCACGCUGACCCAGACACCGCUGUUUGCCUGGACCAUGUCCACGCUGACCCAGACACCGCUGCUUGCCUGGACCAUGUCCACGCUCACCCUGAUACCGCUGCUUGCCUGGACCAUGUCCACGCUGAUCCAGACACCGCUGCUUGCCUGGACCAUGUCCACGCUGACCCAGACACCGCUGUUUGCCUGGACCAUGUCCACGCUGACCCAGACACCGCUGCUUGCCUGGACCAUGUCCACGCUGACCCAGACACUGCUGUUUGCCUGGACCAUGUCCACGCUGACCCAGACACCGCUGCUUGCCUGGACCAUGUCCACGCUGACCCAGACACCGUCCCCUACAUUGACAACGCUAGUGCUUUUCCAGGCACCGCCUCCUGCUUUGACAACGUCCACGCUCCCCCAGACACCGCCCCUUGUCCUGACAACGUCAGUGCUAUUCCAGGCACGACGCGCGACUCCCUUGACAACACCCCCACUUCCCCAGCCACCGCCCCCUGCAUUGACAACGUCCCCGCUCUCCCAGUGACGGCCUCCAGCAUGGACAUCGUCCACGCCAUUAAUCUGGACAUCACGGCGCUGGUCGCAUACACGUCAUCGCUGACGAACGGGGGAUGCCGCUAUGUGUUCAAGCAGGCGGUGCUGGCGGGCCAGGCGAGCAGGGAACGCGAGCACCCAGCCCUGCCUGAGAUGCAGAAACACAUGCAGGGAAGAAAGCUGUACAUAUGCGAAUCAGCCCAUCGCGAUUUCGACAACAUCAUCACGACACUAGGUGGCACGACUGAGAAGCAGCGUGCAGCCGACCUGCUGGCUAGGCUCACGCUAGUCGCCGACAAUCCGUCACCGAGGGCUGUGGCACUACGAGACUCUGGGAAAAUCAAUGCUAGAUCGAAGGUGAUAUUCGGUACUGGAGACAGCUUGCGGGCAGUGACUCUCACCGCUAACACGGGGUUUGUGCGUGCGGCGGAGCAGCAGGGAGUACGAUUCGCGAGCAUCUUUCACAGUGCCAGGUCACUCACUGAAGCCAAGGAGCAUCAGGCCGUACCUCUGUGAUAAUAAUAUCCUGAUAAUACCACACAACAAGGCUCUGUAUAGCAGUUCAGAAUAUUUUUCUUGCAAGCGAACAGGUGAAGUAAAGACGUGCGGAACAACGUCGAUGUGAUCGGUAUGCGAAAUGCUCAUGUAGUCGUUAAUUCACGCAAGCGCUGUCUACUUUAAAAAUGUAUUUAAAAUUUUAUAAUGAAAAAAUAGCUGCUGUUGAAGCUUGUUUGAAAAACAACCUUUAAAAUGAUCUAUAAUAUUGAUACUCGGGAUAAGCAUGUGGUAUAUAUACAGCCGAAGAGUUACUGUGGUUAUGAAAUGUAUAAUAUUUAUGAUCUUAUUAUGUGUCAAUAAAACAUUCAAUUCGGGCAUAUUUUGACACGGUGUAAUCUCAAGUAAGAACGUUGCGCGAAGUAGAGCGAAUGAAUAUUAAAUGAUAAUUAUAGGAUAAAUGAUAAAUGAUAAUGAAUAAAUGAUAAUGAUAAUAAUAAUGAUAAAUGAUAAAUGAGUGAUUUAUGUUACGUCGUGCCUACAAUUUAUACGCUGCACCUUAAAAAAACAAUAAUGGUUUUCCUGUUAUUUCUGAACAUUUUUAUGUCGAAAAAGUUGUAAUCCAAAGUAAAGCAGAUCAAUUAACAAGAGAUAUCCUAAAUAAUCUGUAAUUGUAAUACCAUGAUGGUGUAUUUAUUGUAAGUUUAAUUAUAUAUUGCACA